GAAAAACAUAUCUUGUUAGAACGAAGACAUUCAAAAUGUAAUUUGGAAUCGUCCUACUAAAUUAAUUUCUGGCAGCACAAUAACGUGGGCUUGAAGUAGUGGAAUCAUGCAGUCGAUGGGAGACAGUGAACACCGAGUCAAGGGAUGGAAGAGCUAAAAGAGCCAGAAUCUCUUGUUAACUAUCAGCCCUGGUUCUGUUCCCGAUCCAAGUAUGAAUUAGCAAAGUUAAACAGCACUGUUGCUCUUUGCAACAGCUCAGGAUUGAGAGUGUGACUCUCUUGCCUAGUUUUGGCAAGAUCUACUCUCUACAUCAGGAUCUAUAUAUCAUCUUAACAUUGAAAAUCAUGGCUUGGAUUUAUCAUAUAAUCGGGCUACUCUGUGUGUGUCACUGCUGGGGCUCACUGAGUUCCACUGAACAACCACCACUUUUUGGGGAGGUGCAGACCCCCCGGUACCCGCAACCCUACCCAGCCUCCAACUAUGAGGAGUGGGAGUUAUCUGUGCCGGCAGGAUACAGGAUACAGCUUACCUUCACCUACAUGGACGUGGAACCAUCAGUCAACUGCUUUUACGACUCUGUCACGGUUAUGUAUGACAACAAGGUGCUGGGGAAAUUCUGCGGUCAGGAGAAUUCUGCUGAUGGUCAUCACCCUGGCAACAAGCCCAUCCUGUCUCCUGGCAAUCAUCUUCGCCUCAUCUUCCAGAGUGAUGACUCCAAUCCUGGAUCACAGAAUUAUGUUGGAUUCUCUGCAUUUUAUCAGGCUAUUGAUGUGGAUGAAUGUUCCCAGCCAGAGCCCGAGGAUGGGUCCGGGCCCCUAUGCUCCCAGAUAUGCCACAAUACUCUGGGGUCAUACUUGUGCUCUUGUCGCCAUGGUUUUGAGCUCAGGCCAGACCAGCGUACUUGUGCCUUGCAGUGUGAGGGGGGUGUUUACCGUGAGAUGGAGGGCGUCCUGUCCAGUCCAGGCUACCCCCUGGCCUCCCCUCAUGGGUUGGCUUGCCGGUAUCACAUCUCAGUAGAGCCGGGCUUCAUAAUCACCCUAAACUUUACUGGACUCUUUCAUAUCGAACAUGUGCAGGACCAUGAGCCAAGCUGCCUCUACCACUGGCUCCAGGUAUCCAUUCCAGGGAAAGCCCCCCAAAAACUGUGUGGACGGCAGAGUCCAGGGGUGAUACCGACCAACUCGAAUUCUGUGGUGCUGGAGUACCACACCGACUGGGAAGGCCUGAGUUACGGCUGGAGGCUGAGCUACAGCACAAAGAGGGUGCAGUGUGAGUCCCCACGCUCAAUCGCUCAGGGUAUAGUUACCCCUACCUUCCCAGAAUAUCUCUACAGGGACUACAUCCAAGUGCGCUGUGACACGGGCUACAAACUCAUGAUGGGGGACAAAGAAAUGUCAGCGUACUUCUCCAUGUGUCAGAGUGAUGGGACAUGGCUUCGCUCCCUCCCCGAGUGUCGCAUAAUAGACUGUGGCAUCCCUACACCUUUACGGAAUGGAGGUCUGACCUUCCUCUCCGGCUCACAGAACCAGUACCUCUCUGUCAUUCAGUAUCACUGCAAUGAGCCAUUCUACUCCCUGGCAGUGGAGAACAAUGUAAACUACACCUGUGCAGCGGACAGGAAAUGGAAAGGCAGUGAAAACAAUAACAUCAUUCCAUCAUGUUUACCAGUGUGUGGCCGGCCCACCUUCCGCAGCCAUCAGAGAGUGCUGGGGGGGGCAGAUGCAGCCCCGGGGCAGAUUCCCUGGCAGGUGCUCCUGCAAGUGAAGGGAGGGAAAGGUGGAGCCGCCGUGAUCAGCGAUCGCUGGAUUCUGACAGCGGCCCACAACCUCUUCCCGUUCCGCAGCACAACGCUGCACCCGCUAACGACCUUUAAGGUUUAUGCAGGGCACAAUGAUGUGGAUGAGCUCUUCAUGCGUCCUGAUUUUCCCAUAGCCUCCAUACAUCCCCACCCUCAGUACCACAAUCCACAUGACAAUAACUUUGACAAUGACAUCGCCCUCAUCAAACUGAAGGAGGCAAUCACAUUCAAUGCCACACUUAUGCCACUGUGUUUGCCACCCAAGGAUGCCAAAUACAUCCCAAGAUCAUUAGGGACGGUCUCGGGAUUUGGCACGACAGAGAACAACAUGGUCUCCAAGAAACUAAAGUACAUUCCCACAGUCCUGGUGGAUGAAGUCACAUGCAAACGCUUCACUGACAAAGAAAAAAUGAAAUCUAGCAGCAGUCCAAGCUUGACUGACAAUAUGUUCUGUGCCGGAGGAGAGAGGUUUGGCCAGGAUACCUGUCAAGGAGACAGUGGAGGUGCCCUGGCCCUGAAAACACCGCAUGGACCACACUGGGCAGCUGGGAUUGUUAGCUGGGGAAUUGGUUGUGGAACGGAGGGGACGUACGGCAUUUACACUCGUGUUGACAAAUACAUUGACUGGAUAAAGAAAACAAUGGAGGAAAAUUAACUGGGACAAGAACAAGUAUUGAUGGAUGAGUAAAUUCUACACUAAUCUCAUGCACUUGCAAAGCUAUCACAGUUCUAAGUUUUUUAACAAAGAGAUUAAUGAAUAAAUUGCAAGAUUAGUUCAGAAAAUACAUCAUGCUGCCCUCUGCUUUUUGUAAACUGAAAUUAGCAUUAUGCCCUCAAGCUUUCAAUUACCUUGUUUUCUUUAUCUACAUUUACUUAUCUUUGUUGUCACAGCAGUACUUGUAGCCAUAACAACAACAAACAGAAAGUGAUAAUGUUAAUAUACAUCCAGAAAAAAAAUCAUUAUUCUGAAGGAGAUAAUGCUAACUGCAUACCUAUACAUGCUUUAAUGUAGCCUGCUUUUGUUCUGAAUAACUUUUCUACAAAUAAUGUUGUCUUAUUAUAUAAAAUAGUCAGCAUCUGAAUCACUUUAAUAAAGCUUAAGAAUAAUUUGAAA